AUGUCUACAGGACAAUUAUUUUUUGAUUCUUCACAUUUUUCUGCUAUUAAUGCUGUAACAGAUAAUGAUAAAAGUUUUGAAUUUGAUAAUACAAUUCCAGUAGCAUCUAAUUUUGGUAUUAAUAAUCUUAAUGGUGGAAAACAUUCAUUAUCAAAUUAUAAACCUAUAUCAUGGGAUAUAUAUUAUGGUACAGAGUUUAAUGAAAAACCCACCUCUUUAACUUCUGGUGUGGCAGCUGGUAUAACAAUAGGUGUCUUUUUUGCAGUCUUUCUUUUAACAUUUGGGUGUCGGUUGUACUCCUCUAGAAUAGAUGACAAUAAUCAUUCUUCUGAGGCAAAUGAUAGAAAUACAUUAUCAUCAGUAACAUGUGGUUUAGCACCAUGUGAAAGAGCCUGGAUUUGUACAGAUCCAAGAGAACCACCACCACCAUAUGAAGUAGCUAUUACAAUGCCAAAAGAAAUUCCGGAAACUGUUUUAGAAAGUCCUGAUAAUUGUGAAUUACCUGCAUGUGCUGUUGAUAGGGAUGCUUUAGGAUUACGAUUAAGUUUAAUAAUACCACCACCACCACCUGCAACUCCAGAUCCUGUAUAUGAGAGUGAUAGUACCACAACAUGA